UUUUGACAUUUCCGGUUAAAAGUUUUGAGUGGAAGGUUCAAAGUUUAUUCACGGCAUGUCACAGUGCUAUAAACUUAUACAAUCAUAAGAUACUGCAAUAUGAGUCAGCCACUACUUGGGAAGGUCUGUGUUGUGACAGGUGCAACUAGAGGUAUAGGGAAAGGUAUCGCUUUACAGCUAGGGGAAGCAGGGGCUAAAGUAUAUAUCACAGGUAGAACAUUGAAGCCUGUCAAAGAUAAUAUUGGUGGCUCAUUACAAGAAACAGCAGAGGAGAUCCGCAACAGAGGAGGUGUCUGUGUCCCAGUGCAAUGCGACCACACCAAAGAUGAGGAAAUCAAGGCCUUGUUUGAUAAAGUCCAGGAUGAAAAUGAUGGCCAACUUGAUAUACUUGUAAAUAAUGCCUAUAAUGCAGUCAAGGCAAUUAUGAGGAAUUUAAAGGUGCCAUUCUGGGAACAGCCUAUGGACAUGUGGGACACAGUCAACACUGUGGGACUCAGAAACCACUACAUAUGUUCCAUUUAUGCAGCUAGGAUGAUGGUACCACGUCGGCAGGGGUUGAUUGUCAAUGUUUCCUCAGCUGGCGGAUUAAGAUAUCUUUUCAACAUUCCAUAUGGGGUUGGAAAAGAAGCAUUGGAUAGGAUGGCAGUUGAUGUCGCAUUUGAGCUGCGUAAACACAAUGUGGCUUGUGUUAGUCUGUGGCCAGGGGCAGUGCAAACAGAAACUAUCAUGUCAGAAGUGAAGUCUGGAACCUUUGAUGGCAACGCUAGCAAUGUUAAAACAAAACAGGUUUUCAUUGAAGGUGAAUCAAUUGAGUAUGCUGGUAAAGCAAUAGUCAAUUUAGCUUCAGAUCCAAAAGUAAUGUCAAAAACUGGUAAAGUUCUGAUUGGUUCUGACUUGGCGGAUGAAUACAACUACAGAGAUAUCGAUGGACGCAAACCAGGAAAUUUCCGUCAAAUCUCCUACUUACUACAAUCCAGUGGCUGGAAUACAUUGUCCUCUUUUGUACCAGGAUUUUUGACAAUUCCAAAAUGGCUUGUAUCUUUUGCUGGGCAUAAAUUUUAAAAGUUUUAUGUACCUCUACAUCGACAUGGAGUGACACAAUGUUAGACAUGUUAAACAUUCAGGAUUAUUGGAAAGGGCACCCUGCCAUUAUAAAGUUUAUAUACAUUGAUUUUGAAGAAAAGUACAGGGUAAUUAAUUAUAAUGUGAUUUUUCUAUUGGAGAAGUGCCAUCCAAUCUUAUUCAAGUAUAGACAUUAACAUUGACAUAUAUUAAGAUUAUACAAUUGAUUUAUGAAUUUUGAAUUGAAAAUUCAAGGGUAAAAAGAUUCCAGAGCUUUUGCCCAUUACUGUUUUAAGUAAUGUUGUUGGAAUUUUGUCAUAUGUCAAGAUGAGGAUCACCAUGAUCUGGUCUUGAAUUAUAUUUUAUAAUUUUGCCAUCUGUGCAAAGGAUUAAAAGCACAACACUUAAUUAAUUUUAGCUCUAUUAGUAAAACAUUAGUUUCUCCUAUUGCUAGUCAAGAACUUGGAGUCACCCUCAUUUUUAUGAGUUUUAUACGAGAACACAUGCAUUACAUAAACUGAGCCAAAAUUCAUAGUUCAGCUGUGCUUAAAUCCUUAAAGAUUUGUUUUCAUAUAAUCUGAGAUUAGCUUGCAGUAAUUUUAUAAAAGGGUAAUUAUAUUGCUAUUUUGAUUAUAUUUUAAAUACACAACUGUUCAUCAGUUCCCCUUGAGCAAUUCCAAAUAAUGUUUACAGUAAUAUACACCAAUUUUAGAGUACAGUACCAAGAAUCAUGGUUGAAUCCCAUCCACAAUUUGUUUGUGAAGUAAAGUAUAUAGUUUGCUCAAUUGCAUGGCACUUGUGUACUUCACAGAAAUACUUCUGGCUGGGUGUACUUAAAAGUCCUGGUGUUCCUAUAGUUACUUUGCUUCCCAUUCCCCAUUUGUUUAACAUGGGAUCUGCCAUUUUUGUUAAAUUUCAUGAAAUUCAUCAAUUUUGACAUCAAAUUUUGACCCAAUGUAAUGGAGAUAUAACAUUGAAACGUUGCGGACUUUAUAGUGAAUAGAAUCAAGAUACAGAUUUAUUUUCUUUAUUGGGAUUUCUUUUGUUCCCCGCUUAGAAAACAG